AGGUGAACAUGUCUGUGGAGGAACGGGCAGGAGCGCUCCCGCUGCUGGUGAAGGAGGAAGAUAAUCUAGAGGCCUUCAGGCUGUGUUCCGAGAUGGAGGGUGCCAAGGCCCCAAAGAUUGUACACGUAGGGAGCAUCGGGGAGCUGAAGACGAUCACCUUGCCAUUUAUUAAAAUGGAGCCCGAUGAAGAGGAGCCGCAACUCUGGGAAAACCAAUGGCAGGAAUUCUUGGGGUCUCUGCAGGCCCCUCAGUCGGGGUGGGGGGCCCCACCAGUGUCUGAGGAGCCUGCACCAUGGGACGACGCUAAAGCCUUCCUGGCCUCCUUUGAGCAAGUGGCAACAGCGUGUCGGUGGCCUCAGGAAAAGUGGGUGACCUUCCUUCUGCCGGCCCUCAGCGGAGAAGCCGAGCUGGCCUUCAGCAACCUCAGUGUCCGAGACAUAGAGGAUUAUGGGAAGGUGAAGGCGGCCAUCUUGCAAGCGGCGGCCAUCGUGAGGGAGAAGCGGCGCCAGCGCUUCAGACAGCUGUGCUACCAAGAGGCGGAGGGGCCGAGAGCGGUUUAUGGGCGACUCCAGCAGCUUUGCCGUCAGUGGCUGAAAGCGGAGAGGCACUCAAAGGAGGAGAUCUUGGAGCUGCUGAUCCUGGAGCAGUUCCUGACCGUCCUGCCCCAGGAAAUGCAGAACUGGGUCCGGCGGUGCGGCCCAGAGACCUGUAUCCAGGCGGUGGCCCUGGCGGAAGAGUUUCUGUCGAAGCAGAAAGAAGUUGUCAGACUGAAAGAGGAGGUGCCGGAUUCUUGGGAGGGGGUGGCUGUGAGUCCUGCUGAGGGCGAUGAGAUUCCGCCGCCAGAUACGUGGAUUGACCUGGACGCAACACCAGAUUGGGAAGGAGCUGAGAAGUCCACAGGUGCUGGGCAGGUGCUUGUGAGCCAAGUGGAUAAUAUACAUGAAACUCACUCUGAGCAGGUGGCCCCCGAGGAAGUAUUGCCAAAGACGGACAGCACUUACCAAUAUUGCAAGGAGGGAACGGGGCCUGUGAGUCAGGAGGAAGCGCAGGGUGAGCAGAGACCCGAACCAGGCAAGAGCAUGGAUGCACCUAUUCUGAUUGGUGAAGGUGAUUUUAAUCAGGAAGACACCAAGGAUGGCCUAAAACUCCACAUUUGUCAGUGUGGGAAAAGUUUCAGAAGAAGCUCCGACCUGAGAGUGCACGAGAGAACUCACACUGACGAGAAGCCAUAUAAAUGUUUGGUGUGCGGGAAAGGCUUCCGCCAAAAGGGAAACCUUUCCACGCAUGAAAAAAUUCACACUGGAGAGAAACCGCAUAAAUGCUCCAUUUGCGAGAAAAGUUUUGCUAGCGGCUCCAACCUGAUUGCACACGAGCGAAUUCAUGCCGGAGACAAACCGUUUCGAUGUUCUGUAUGCGGGAAGAGUUUUGCUAGUGGCUCCAACCUUAUUGUGCAUGAGAGAAUUCAUACCGGGGAGAAACCUUACAAGUGUUCGAAAUGCGGGAAACGCUUCCAUCAGAAGGGAAACCUUCGGACACAUGAAAAAAUCCACACUGGCGAGAAGCCACAUCAGUGUUCUGUAUGUCAGAAAUGUUUUGCUAGUGUCUCUAACCUUAUCGCACAUGAGAGAAUUCAUGCUGGCGAGAGACCAUAUGAAUGUUCCAUCUGUCUCAAAAGUUUUGGUUCUGGCUCCAACCUAAUUGCGCAUCAGCGAAUUCAUGCUGGAGAAAAACCUUACAAAUGUGCAAAAUGCGGGAAAAGUUUCCACCAGAAGGGAAACCUGAGAACACAUGAAAAAAUUCACACCGGAGAGAAACCACAUCAAUGCUCCAUAUGUGAGAAAAGUUUUGCUAGCGGUUCCAACCUCAUUGCGCACGAGAGAAUUCACGCUGGAGAUAAACCGUAUCAGUGCUCGAACGAGUGUGUGGAGGUGGAGGUGAACAUGUCCGUAGGGGAUGGGGCCUCCAUAGUCCCACAGCAGGUGAAGGAGGAAGAGAACUCAGAUGCCUUCAAGUUGUGUUCGCAGAUGGAGGGAACAAAAGCCCCACAGAUUCUACACGUAGGGAGUAUCGGGGAGUUAGAGACGGCAGUCUCUCCUCAUCUUAUAAAAAAGGAGCCUGAGGAAGGGAUCCAGCAGCAUUGGGAGGCCCAGUGGCAGGAGUUCCUGAGUGCCCUACAGGCCCCUCACUCAGGAUGGGAGGACGCGCAGAUGUGUGAGGAGCCAACGCCGCCGUGGGAAGACACGAAGGCUUUCCUGGCCUCCUUUGAGCAGAUUGCGUCAACGUGCCGCUGGCCUCGUGACAAGUGGGUGACCCUCCUUCUGCCGGCCCUCAGCAGAGAGGUCAGAGAGGCCUUCAGCACCCUUAGUGCCCAAGACAGAGAGGAUUAUGGGAAGAUGAAGGCCGCCAUCUUGCAAAGAGAGGCCGUCACGAGGGAGAGGCAGCGCCAGCACUUCAGGCAGUUCUGCUACCAGGAAGUGGAGGGGCCGAGAGCCGUUUAUGGGCGACUCCGGGAACUUUGCUGUCAGUGGCUGAAAGCAGAAAAACACACAAAGGAGGAGAUCGUGGAGCUGCUGAUCCUGGAGCAGUUCCUGACCGUCCUUCCCCAGGAAAUGCAGAGCUGGGUCCGGGAACGUGGUCCGGAGACCUGCAUCCAGGCGGUGGCCCUGGCGGAAGAUUUCCUCUUGAAGCAGAAUGAGGCUAUGAGGCCAAAAGAGCAGAUGCCAGAACCUUUGCCUGAAGCAGCUGUCCUUCCUUCGGAGGGGAACAAGAUUCCACCACCAGAGACUUGGAACCUCGUUGUGGAAGUCAAGCAGGAGUGGGAAGGAGAGGAAUGGCUGCUGGGUAAGAACGCGCUGAACACAGGUUACAGCCUUGUGCUGAAUCAGACCCGUCUGGUCUGCCCAGGCGACGGGCAAGUGGGCACGAUCCAAGUGGACAAUAUCGAUCCGAGUGGUCCCCACCAAGGCGCGCCAGAGGCGUCACCAGGAAGUGGCAAUGCAUUCCAGCACUGUGAAGAAGAGACAAGAGUUGGGAGUAAGACAGCCUCAUGUGGGAAGCAGAGAGCCAAACCCGGGAAGAAAACAGAUGAACCUGUCACUAAAGGCGAUUGGGAAGAAACCAAGCUUGUCAAAAAUAUCCAUCACUGUGCCUGUGGGGAGAGUUUCGGAAGUAGCCUAGGUCUUCAAAUGCACGAGAGAACACACUCUGGAGAGACACAGGACAAGUAUUCAGAAAGUAGGAAAAGGUCCAGUGGUGCCGGUGAACUCCGGAGCCCUGAACGAACUCGCGCCGGAGAAAAACCGUUUCAGUGUUCGAUGUGUCAGAAGAGUUUUGCGAGUGGUUCCAACCUUAUCGCUCACGAGAGAAUUCACACAGGAGAGAAACCUUUCAAGUGUUUAAAAUGUGGGAAGAUUUUCCGUCAAAAGGGAACCCUUUCGACGCAUGAAAAGAUUCACAUAGGGGAGAAGCCAUAUAAGUGUUCCCAGUGUGGGAAGAGUUUCCACCAGAAGGGAAACCUUACGACACACGAAAAGAUUCACGUCGAGGCGAAACCAUUCCAGUGCUCUAUGUGUCAGAAGAGUUUUGCGAGCGGCUCCAACCUGAUUGCGCACGAAAGGAUUCACACAGGAGAGAAACCCUACACAUGCUCGAAAUGUGGGAAGAACUUCCGUCAGAAGGGGACCCUCUCCACACAUGAAAAAAUCCACAUUGGGGACAAACCGUACAAGUGUUCCCAGUGUGGGAAAGGCUUCCGUAGCUCUACUGAGCUCACUGUCCACGAAAGGAUCCAUACUGGAGAGAAACCAUACAAAUGCUCAGUGUGUCAGAAAAGCUUCAGCGACGGCUCCAAUCUCAUUACGCACCAGAGGAUUCACACGGGGAAGAAACCAUAUAAGUGUGCCCUGUGUGGGAAAUGUUUCUGCCAGAGCUUCAGGAGGAUCUCGGACCUUAGAAUCCAUGAGAGAACCCACACGGACGAGAAGCCGUUCAAGUGUUCAGAGUGUGGGAAGAGCUUCCGCCAGAAGGGCAAUCUUUCGACGCACGAGAGAAUUCACACUGGCGAGAAACCCCAUCAGUGCUCCAUAUGCCAGAAGAGUUUUGCGAGCGGCUCCAACCUCAUUGCGCAUGUGAAAACCCACACCGACGAGAAACCGUACGAGUGUGCGGAAUGCGGGAAGCGGUUCCGUCAGAAGAGGAACCUGACCACACAUGAAAAGAUUCACACUGGCGAGAGGCCGUACCAAUGCUCGAUGUGUCAAAAAAGUUUCGCUAGUGUGUCCAGCCUUAUUUCGCACGAGAGAAUCCAUGCCGGAGAGAAACCUUUCAAGUGCGCCAAGUGUGGGAAGAGCUUCCGGCAAAAGGGAAACCUGAGAACACAUGAACGGAUUCACACUGGGGAGAAACCGCACCAGUGCUCCGUAUGCGAGAAAAGCUUUGCUAGCGGUUCCAACCUCAUCGCCCACGAGAGGAUUCACGCUGGAGAUAAACCGUAUCAGUGCUCCGUGUGUCAGAAAAGAUUUGGUUCGGGCUCCAACCUUAUAGCUCAUCAGAGAAUUCACACAACAGGGAAGGCUUACAAAUGUUAA